AUGUCCGCAGACUUAUUCGCCGAAUUUGGAAACAAGGCACCAUCUGCGCAGCCUUCAAAUGUCUCACAUCAGCGGCGGCCCGGGUCACAAGCACACUCGCUGAUCCCGGAUUUGGACGUAUUAGAAGAUGUGGUCUCCUCUAAUCCUCAAACCGAUGUUCAAGAUCAGGCCUCCUCGUCACAUAUAAAACAGUCACAGGCACCACCAAACCAGUUUGCAUUAGCCUCGAACACGGAUUUUCCAAAGUUGCAGGACUAUAACGAUGGAAGUAAUGUAUUAUUUGACGCGACUUUGGAGUCUAUGCCCGAUGAUGAGGAGGACGAGGACUGGGGCGAAUUUGAAUCUGCGGAGUCAGCGACAGGCAGAAACCAGUCAGCAGCACGCUUUCAACAGCAGGAUGGUCUACGGGACAGUCAAAGUAGACCCAAAGAUGCUACUACGCUGAUUGACGUGAUGGAUACUCUAUCAAUUGCGGACUCGAAACUACCAAACGCUAGCAAGCCCGCUGUCAGACAGUCGAUCGAUAAGCCUAGGUCACAUAUUAAGGCUGUUGAUUCUAUUGCUGUACCCGACCCUGCGCAGGACGAUUCGUUCGAAGAUUGGGGUGAAUUCAUUGAUGGGCCACCUGCAGAGGUCAAGCCACCGAAGUUCCAAGGCUUCUCCAAAUCGAGGAGUCCUGAGGGCAAAAUCACGCAGGCUCGGACAGCCGUCCUUACGUCUCCUAGUUUUACUAUCCCAGGAGAAAAAGUCUCCGAGUCUCAGAUCCGUCCUACAAACAUACCCCCGCCGUCUGUUCUCUUGGAGUUGUUUCCCAGGCUUUUUGAGAAACUUCGUGAAGAAGCUACCAAGGCGAGAAGAUGUCUGCAACAGGAAGACCAGGUCGAGACCGCCGCAUCCCUUGUGCUCUGCACUUUGAAAGUGGUCGCAAGAGUAGUUGCUGGUCGCACUCUGCGAUGGAAACGGGAUACAAUACUGAGUCAAAGCAUGCGAAUAGGCCCCGCACGUUCAGGGAAGCCAGGCGGAAUGAAACUCAGUACCGUAAACAAGAACGAGAGCAUCAAGGAACAACAGGAGGCUGUUGACGUCCUCACAAUGUGGCGUGAUCAAGCCGCACUCUUCAAUUCUGUGAUCCAGGCGUCCGGAAGGCAGCCGAUCCAGGCCAUUGCAGAAAAUGCUCGUGUAGUAACAGCUACCGCGGCCCAUGGAGCCAUCAAAGCUCCUCAUGCUUGCGCCCUUUGCGGGCUGAAGCGUGAUGAGAGAUUGCCAAAAAUCGAUGAGAACGUGCAAGACAGCUUCGGAGAAUGGUGGGUUGAGCACUGGGGUCAUAGUGAGUGCAAAGGCUUUUGGGAAACGAACAUGGGCCUCCUAGCUCAACGAUAA